UCGUUUUUCAGACGCAAUUCGGCCAUCUUUGCGUGUUUGGGUGUGUCGAUCUUGCGUCGUUCACGGAAUUUCACUGAAAAAAUGUCCGGUGAAGGGAAGUCAACGGACCAUCGCCGGAAAUGGGACAGAAACGAAUACGAGCGAAUGGCCAGAGAACGGAUUCUGGACAGAAUCCACAGUCAGGAAGAAGAGCAAGAAGCGGAAACGAGCGCGGAUGGAGAGGCGACGCAACGAGAGAUGCUGCGGCAACGCGAUUACAAAGUGGAUCUCGACUCAAAGUUGGGCAAAUCGCAAGUUAUAACGAGGUCCACGCCUAUGUCGGGAACUGGAGGGUACUAUUGCAACGUUUGCGACUGCGUCGUCAAAGAUUCCAUCAACUUCCUCGACCACAUCAAUGGAAAGAAACAUCAACGGAAUUUGGGAAUGUCCAUGAAAGUUGAAAGAUCUUCUCUCGAUCAGGUGAAGAAAAGGCUUGAAAUGAACAAGAAAAAAGCCGAGAUUAAGAAAAAGGAAUAUAACCUCGAAGAGCGUCUGGAAGAAGUUCGGGCGGAGGAAGAGAAAUUGAAGGAGUACCGACGAGAAAAACGGAAAGAACGGAAACGUCGACACGACGGGUCGGAUAUGGUCGGUGACGAUGAAUUAGGAUCAGACAUGGACCCUUCGAUGGCUGCUAUGAUGGGCUUUUCAGGAUUCGGGAGUUCGAAGAAAUGACGGGCAUUUUGGUGAAAUAAGAUUAAAUGAAUUUCGUGAUGCAGGUCCAAACAUGUCAGAAAAGAAAAUCGCGACUGUAUUUCUACGGGUUUAUCCGUUUAUUUCUUUUUUUUUAUAGCUCGUGUAAGAAAAAGUCGU